AUGCCAUCAUCGGCAAGGUCUCAAGGGGGCAGUAAUCAUGACAUUGGUAACGUGAAUGAUAACAGGAAGGACAGCUAUCAUGCCGCCGGAAUGCUAGUAGGCUCCUCAGGAUAUGGAUCGUUAGAACCAACGCCGAAUCCAACAAUCAUCGUCAAUCCAAGAGGUUGGGGUGUUGCAUUAUCAAGUGAAGCUCCAAGCUCGACAAGCAUAGUGUGGGCCGCCACCGCAACCUGCAAUUCAAGCGAAGACCAAACUCCCUGUGGUGAUCUCUGCUGCAGUAUUGGGUAUUAUUGCCUCGAGACUGGACAAUGUACGCUAAGGCCUACUAUUGUUGCACCAAUUGCAGGGACACCCAUCAGUCACGCCGUACAAAUCUCUACCUCUCUUGCGAGGUCUAAUUCGUUAUUGAGCUCUAUAUCAUUAUCGACGACCCCGAUUCCGCAUAGCACGGCUUCCGCCCUAUCCCCAAGCCAUGCCAUUCCUUCUAAUGGGACUACUGUCGCUGGAAAACACACCACUGGACUUAGCCGUGGCGCAAUAGUGGUUAUAGUGAUCGGAGUAAUUGCGACUUCCCUACUCCUCGGCUAUAUAUACGCUGCCAUUAGAAUAGCCCAUGAAAUGUUCAUGCUAAAAAGGUCUCCCAACACAAAGGCUGCGCCUACGAAUCCCCGACGGCAACGCCGUCCCGCCCAGACAUCGGGGAAACGAUGGAGCAGUCCAAGCAGCUACUUCCCCUGGCGGUCAUUGUCUUUUUCAUCGGGCAGGAGAACAGCGUUUCGAACUGAACAAUGGAUAGAGCAGAUAGUGCCAGAUCCUCCGCCGGUUCUUCCACCACUAUUCGAGUCAACUACGCUCAGACCGGACAGACAAGACUACGUUGUUAAUGCCGAAUACGAUAGUCCACCAUCGCCGCCACCGCGUGUCCAAAUGAAGCUACCACCCCUUGACCGCGACCUUCGCGAGUAUCGAAUGGAGCGUGCGGCUCAGCCUUUCAAACCAUUACCUUUUCGCCGGUACAAUCCGGAGCUUUGGAUCGAGCGAGAGCCUGAGCCUGAGGUUGAGAGACCAUCACCUCCUCUUCGCGAAACUCACGACUCUCGGAUCGGCCGCGAGACAAGACGGUCGUCAGGUCGUCGGCGACUACCUGAACUCAGGAAUAUCAGAAGGUCUUUCUCCGAUCAACCGGAACGGCAACUAUGGAAUCCUAGCGAGAAGGAAAACAUCUUCAUCAAUGGGAGUAGAUAUAUUCCUGGCGAUCGUCAUGCUCCAGUUUAUGAGACGCCGGAGUCACCGCAACGAGAGAGACAAGCCCCUGAUCUACCGAAAGACCAUGGAAUAAUAUUCCAGAAGAUUCCCAGUAAUCCACCUCCGCCCGCUCGCAGUGAAGUCCCACGCCACUACGAACGCAAAGAAGCUAAACGACGUUCUCGAAGCUUUGAGGUUUCGACCACUAGUAACCUCAAUAAUACUUAUCAACCAGAUAAUAACGACCAUGAAGCCUUUAACCCCCCUCAGACCACUUACCAACGCGAAGCCAUCAUGUUCCAAUAUGUGAAAAGUAGAGCGGGCGACGGCCAGCAUAAGACUUUAGGACAGCCUCAAAACGAUAAUAAUCAGCCAAGACGGAAUGAGAUUCCACGCCCUAGGAGUGUUCCGGAUAGAACAAAGUCACGGGAAUCUUACUCGUCUCUAAACACCUCCGCUCAGGCCCUGAGAGCCACGCGACCAAGCCCAAACUCUACAAUACCCAACAGCUCGCGCCGCUCCAACGCAACGACUGCCAUUCCCCUAGAGGACUCACGGUUAGGCCCACUCUCGCCUUUGUCAUCCCAUAGGUUACCAACUCAAAACCAAUCAGUUAAUUACGAAUAUGAAAGACGCGAGACAACCCGGCGUCGACGUGAGGUUGCACGCCGCACACGCCAGAGUCUCGCGGCCGUCGGUGCCGUCGGGCUUGCCGCAGUACCUGUUAGCCAUGCACGUCGUCGUCGCCGUAAGUCCUCUCCCGAAAAACCUACCAGCCGUGCUCUGGUGUUGCAAACUCGGCGUCUUUCCUCUCUUCCCUCAACUCCAAUUGAGCCUCCAAUUUUGGAGUCCUUAGACCUCAUUAGACGGGAGUGCCAUUGGAAUAUCGACCACACCUCAUAUUCCUCCGCCAUCGAAGUCCCACUCGACACAGUAAAGACUCUAGGACACGGCUCGAUGGGCGUGGUGGACGAAGUCCGCGCAAGACCUCCCGGACAGACCUUCAUCCGAAAGCGCGUUCGAAUCCUCAAGCACAACGCCCGUCGAGACCGAGCCAUCAUCCAAGCCGAGAUCCGCACACUGCGACGCCUCGCUCACCCUCACAUGGUCAAGCUGUUUGGAAGCUACGAAGAGGCGCCAAGCACCGGACCUGACUCCUACGCACUCCUAAUGUACCCCGUUGGCGACGGAAACCUGAAAGACUACCUCGACAGCCUGGAAGGACACAGCCCCGACAGUGCUGUCAAUCGCCGCAUUCAGAACUACCUCCACAGCCAGCGCAUCCACCACCAGGACAUCAAGCACGAAAACAUCAUCUACCGCACCACCCACAUCUUCAUCACCGACUUCGGCUCCGCGCGCCAGCUGGAGCUCGGCCAGAUCACCUCGACUAGCGACCACGCCCGCGCUACUGAGCGAUACGCCGCCCCGGAGAUCGUCCACCGCUUGCAGAAUUCCGGCGUCAGCAUCAGCAUCAGCAAGCACGGCUCCAAAUCCGACGUCUUCUCUCUCGGCUGCGUGUUCCUCGAGCUCCUCGGCUGCGUGUUCCUCGAGCUCCUCGUCGCCGAGUCCGGGCGCAGUCUGCGCGACUUCUAUGCCUACUGCGUCAGCCGGAAUACGCAGAUCGUGCGGCAUGGCGACAGCCAGCCGACGACGAAUAAUCUUAGAGACCGCUUGGUGUACUGCAAUGUUCUUGCCCCGGUGAAUGGCUAUUUUGCGUCGCUGGAGGAACGGUAUCGGGCGUUGUAUGAUGGGUGUGUGAAGCCGAUGCUGGCGGUUGAGCGGGAGGCGCGGCCGAGCGCUGAGGAGGUUGGGGAGAGGUUGGGGUCUCUGCAGCCGUGGGGGAGGCAGGAGUGUGUUUGUCGGGGUGGGAGGGGGUGA